CCCACUCCCUGUGUAAAUCUAUGCCAUUUCCAUUUGGCUCUUGUUCUCAGUCCUCACGCACAGUGCUACAGUGAAGUAAAGAACUCCACCAGGACCAAGCUGACCAUAUAUACUUUUUUCAAAAAGUCAUCCGGCCGAGUCAUCGUAGCCCAGUUGCGUUUUAUCUCAACAGAAGCAGCGCAUAGAAGAGCAGGAAACCUGUGAGGCACCAUGCAAAAGAGCACGAAGGUGAAGAUCACAUUUGUAAUCAUCCUGGUAGGCAUAGUGUGCAUGUUCACGGCCGUGGUGUCGGAUCACUGGGCUGUGUUAAGCCACCAGGUGGAGAGGGUAAACAGUACUUGUGAGGCAGCCCAUUUCGGAUUGUGGAGGCUCUGCAAGAAGAAUAUUUACAUCGAGGAUCCAGAGGCCAUGGAGACAGGAUGUGGACCGCUCAGCCUGCCGGGAGAGAUCAACUGCUCCUACUUCAGACACUUCACUCCUGGAGAAAACUCUGAGAUAUUUGAGGUUAAAACACAGAGAGAGUACAACAUCUCAGCAGCAGCCAUUGCUGUUUUCAGCCUGGCCUUCAUUAUUCUGGGAACGCUGUGCCUUCUGGGAUCUCUAAGGAAAGGCAAGGACUAUCUCCACAAACCUGCUGGAAUGUUUUAUGCAUUUGCUGGUAUAUGUGCCAUCAUUUCUGUGGAGGUGAUGAGGCAGUCAGUAAAGAGGAUGAUUGACAGUGAGGACACCAUCUGGAUUAAAUACUACUACUCCUGGUCCUUCGCUUGCGCCUGCACGGCUUUCGUCUUCCUUUUCUUCAGCGGGAUUGCACUUCUUAUUCUCUCCAUGCCCCAAAUGCCUAAGAACCCAUGGGAGACCUGCAUGGACGCUGAGCCUGAACAGAUUGAAUGAAUCCAGUCCAUGUUAAAGCGUCAUUGUUCUAAUUGUUCAAUAAAAUUGCUGCAUGGAAACACGGGGCUCAAACAAGCACCACUGGGACACCCGUGUCUUGUUAUUAUAUUGUGUAACCGGGGCGUAGCUUUGGGUUUGAACCUCCCUGAAAUAUUGUAGUACAGUUCCAUUUUAUCAUGCAUAAUGACAUCAGGUUAACUUUUUGGAACGUAUUUAACGUUCUUAAUGUUUUACGCUGUAAAAGUGCAUGAUAAUGUGAAAAGGUCUACAUAUUUAACGUCAAAUGUACACAGUUUGGUUUGGUUUAAUCACAUUUUAUUGGCUACCAGCUGCUAAACAAGCUUUACUGAAUCUGAUGUCAGACAAAUUUCCCGUUUGUGUUUGAAAGCUAACAAAAAGCUAGCAGGAAGCUAGCUACAGUAUACUUAUUACUAACUGUAGUCAUUUCAAAGUGGUUUCCUAUAAAUUUUACUCCAGGAGGAGAAAACAGAUUCAAAGCAAGAUAAAACUGUCUUCAGGAGCUAAUUACUAGCAGGUUAUUUUAAUCAACUGUCAUAAAGAUGUUUGAUUUCUUCCACCUAUUAAAAUGAUUAAAUAGGGAAAGAUCAGUUCAUGGGAAAUCAUGACAAAUUGCAUGAGCAUGGCACACUUUUUUUUUCUUUUCUUCAUAUUUCUUCAAACCUAACGCCACCCCUGAAUUUUAUUUUCUAGCUAUACCACCAGUGUGUUACUGUAUUCAGGUCAGUAAGGUGUUGGACACACAUAAUUUGUGAGUUGUACUUCUUCCUUAACUUGUGAACUGAAUCCUUAACUUGUGAACUGAAAUAAUGAGGAGAUUCCACCCUAAAAGACAUUUAUUUCGAUUUGUUUCGAUUUUGCCUUAAAUUAGCCAUCAUGGUUUAAAUCUGUAUAUUACAAGCAAGCCUGAAUAGGUUUCUGCUUUGAAUGUGUGUUUUUUUUUUUUUUUGUUUGCUGUACUGUACAUUUACAGACCAUUUGUACCUUUGGGCUAUCAGGAACUCGUAGAAUUUUGCCUGUGUAUAUUUUAGAAAGUGUGCGAUGAUACAAUUCUGAACUAAAAACGUAAUCAUUUUUAAUUCGCUGAAUCGUCAUCUUCCGUAAAGUAUAUUUGCAUUCGUUUUUAUUUAAUCCUGCUUGAUAUACCAAGCUUCAGAUCGGUGGACAUGUCUGUACAAGUCCUCUAUGCUAGCCUUGUUUUGAGACACACUAGAUCUAGUGUCUUUGCUUUCAGCUCUGAACAGAAUGUUAAUAUGCAGUUCGCUGCCAUGGCCUCUGAAUGUCUGGCCAGGAAUUUUGGAGUGCUUUCAGAUCUGGCAGGUGUGAACACAAAUGAUGUCUUUUGCCCUUUUAGAGUUUCAAUUGUAAAAAAAAAAAAAAAAAAACAGCUAGUUCUAUCACUGCAGUGCCAAUCCAUCCUCACCUGCCUUGCAGUCUUAUACACACAUCUUACACUGCCCUUAAAAUGCUUCCAGUUCACAUGUUCAUGAUUUUCAGUAUUCUUUGUGCACCAGAGCCACUUCGAAGCUUUGUUAAUUCCACUGGACCUUUGAUUUGUGCCUUAAAAUUUAAAAGCUAUUUCAUAUGAACACACAUAUACACUAUACGUACAGUACGUUGACAUGAUCAUAUCAUCUGUGUACGCUUUUUACCGGCACGUAUUCGUUAGUGAGCUUUAAAUCCACAUCGCGGUACAGCUAUGAACCAUUUUAUCCAGCGUUUUUCAUUAUUGUACUUUCUACAAACUCACUUAAAAGUCAAAUAACAUUAAGUUCAUUAAUAUGUAGGUUUAUUAUAUUAUUAGCUUUGUGUUAUGGAAAUGAAACAUGAAUAUUUAUUUUACAUUCAAUUUGGUGAUUUGUACUCAUUAAAUAUAUCUGAUUAAAGACAUUAUGUCACCAUUAUGUUUGAACACCGUUAUGUUUGAUGUAUUUUAAACUGACAGUUCAUAAAGCUGGCAGACAGAACAAAAAUGGCGGCUGCGUUAAAACGAUUCUCGUGUAGAGUCUCAACUAGUUUAUUGCUGUUGCUUCAAGCUAUUGAAAAUCUAUUCACUUGGUUAACUGUAGAAACUAAUGGAAAAACACAUUGGAGCUUCAGAUUCAGGGUUAGAGCCGUGUUCAUCUUUCCCGCCUAUGAAGAAUUUCUAGAUAGAUUAAUCUAUCUACCUAAUAUAGAUUAAUGAGCGUGAUUUUUGGAGAACUGUGCAGUUAGAAAUUAUUAUAAAUUCCAUUUCUUACUUACAAAAGAAAUGGAAUUUAUGUGGCCUUUUUUUUUUUUUUUAAUAAGUAGGUGCAUAAUUAAACUGAGAGUUUUCAGAUUUCACCUUUCUUUAUCUGCCAUACUGAAUACGUUCAGAUGUAUGCGUUCGUUGUCAUGUAUUUUUAUUGGAAAUUAAAUGCAGUUAAUAAAAUUUAGGCCAUUUGUAUUCAAUGGGACUUGACCGUGCAAGCAUGAGACCCUUUCUUCAUUCUGUUGGGGCUUUUAUUUUUAUUGUAAUAAGUGAGAAACAGAUCCUUUUGAAGUCUUAAAUUAAAACUGUAUAUUUCUUUGACAUUUUCUUCUUAAUUAUUGGGUUUUCCUGCUUAUACCAGUGUCUAAUACAUGCUACACUUCUCUCCUCAACCCUGGAUUGUUCACCAGCUAGUUGAACCGUUAAACCAUUCGAAUUUUGUAUCCGAAAACAGAAGUGUAUUCCAGGAAGGUAAGAUUUUUGUGCAACUUCAGAAUAUAUGAAAUUUGUCAACUUGUACCUGACAUGGAUACUCUCCAGGAUGGCUGAGGUACGGGGAAUUGUUCAUUUUUUUUUAUUUUGGGGUUAAUAAAAAACGUGCAAUUUUUUUCCCAUGCAAACUCUUUCCAUCUCUGAAUAGAUGAUGAUGUGAAAACCAUUCUUUGUUUUGGAAUUCUUCCCUGAAUUCUCGUUCCCAUUUACACCCGAUAUAACUCGAGAUGUUUUUAUUCAAGUCUCCAUCAUGACUUGAUAUAGAGAAGAGAUAUUUCCCAUGGUUACUCGUUGUCUGAAUUAUCCAGUUCAUGGUCUGUUUGUGAUGGUAAAGCACGUUUUUUUGGUUUUUCGGAUCACCCAGAUGAGGAUGAGGUUCCCUUCUGAGUCUGGUUCCUCUCAAGGUUUCUUUCUCAUAUCAUCUCAGGGAGUUUUUCAUGCUAACGUCACCUCGGGGGGGGAAUUGUUCGAUUGUUAAAAACAUUGAACUUUAAAAUUUAUUUC